UAUCUGGCAACAGAUAGAUGAAAGAAGCAGACUCUGCUAUUUAACCGCAUUCUGCGAACCGCAUAUCCAGAAAUUGAAUAAUUAUGAAGAAAGGCUUAUUUAAAUUAUUAGGCUCUCUAGGCUACUUAGUCCAAUACGGUUGUGUCGUGCACUGUACAUUUGAAUAUCUAGGGGACUUUGUGCUGUGCUCCGGCCCUUCUAUGGAGCCCACAAUUUAUUCCAAUGAUAUCCUAUUCACCGAACACCUUUCGGCUCUUACGCAAACGAUACGGAAAGGUGAUAUAAUCAUUGCUAAGUGCCCAACGAACCCUAAACAGCAGAUAUGUAAAAGAGUGGUAGCCCUUCAGGGUGAAAAAGUGAAAACUGGUUUUGCAAGUUAUGAAGUAGUCCCCAUAGGACACAUAUGGAUCCAAGGUGAUAACGUGUCUAAUUCGACUGAUAGCCGAUCUUAUGGGCCAGUCCCAUUAGGACUGGUUAGAAGCAAAGCUGUUUGCAAAGUGUGGCCCCCCAGCAGUAUAUCGGUGUUGAGUGGUAGUUAAUGUUUUUCGUUUAAAAUAAGCGUUCAUAGUACAAAUUUAAUUUACUUGUGAAAAAGCUCUUUACCUAUAGAUUCCAAACCUUUCGAUUAUGUGGGCCCCAGUCCACGUUUUUUAACCUGCAAUACAUUAAUCGAUUUAAUAUAUUGCAAGUUCAACAACCAAAUGCGAAUGUUCCUGUUUAUCUGUAAAUAAUGGAAAUAAUAGUUCUGUCGACCAUUGUACUACCCAAUGGUAAUUUUGUUCAAAAACUUGUAUAUUUUCAUAGGACAAGCAGAUGAAUAAACGCCAAUUUAAUGUUGAAA